GCCGCGGACCCCGCAGGCCGCAGAGCCGCGGCGCCUGGCGUGCGGGAGAGGCUGCGGGGACGCGGCCGCAGCCCGGGCACCCGGGCCCACAGCCCUCCAGCCCUCCCCGACAGCCGGAUCCACUCGCAGGUCUGGCGGGCGGCAGGGGUCCUGCGGGCGGAAGUGAGAAGCGAGGCGUGGGAGGAGGCUGCAGGCUGGGGGCUGGGAUCCCCUCGGCGGCUGACGCGGCCCAGAGAACCGGAGCGAGGACGGCGGCCGCCUCCCGACGCCCGACGCGCGCCAGCCGGGCCUUUUUUGGCGCUGAGGGAGAGCAGACGGGCAGGGCCGCCGCUUUUGGGGGAGCGAGGCUGAGCCGCCGCCCCCGGGACCAGGAGGAGGGGCUGCCUCGGGGGCGCCGCCGCGACCCAGAUAGGUUGGGCGAACGCGGGAGCGGGCGGCGGCCCGUCGCCUUCCUCCUCCUCCGCGGCGCCAUCCCUCUGCGCGCCCAACCCGGAACCCGGCGAGCGCGUGGGGGCGGGGAGGCGAGCGCGCAGAGCUGGCGGGCACCCCCGCGGCCCCCAGCCCCCCAGCCAUGUCGGCCGAGGAGAUGGUGCAGAUCCGUCUGGAGGACCGCUGCUACCCGGUGAGCAAGAGGAAGCUUAUCGAGCAGAGCGACUACUUCCGCGCCCUCUACCGCUCCGGCAUGCGCGAGGCCCUGAGCCAGGAGGCCGGCGGCCCCGAGGUGCAGCAGCUGCGCGGCCUCAGCGCCCCGGGCCUGCGCCUAGUGCUGGACUUCAUCAACGCCGGCGGGGCCCGCGAAGGCUGGCUCCUGGGCCCGCGGGCGGACAAGGGCGGUGGGGUGGAGGAGGAAGAGGAGAUGGACGAGGUGAGCCUGCUGGCCGAGCUGGUGGAAGCGGCCUCCUUCCUUCAGGUCACGUCUCUGCUGCAGCUGCUGCUGUCCCAGGUGCGGCUCACCAACUGCCUGGAGCUGUACCGCCUGGCGCAGGUGUACGGGUUGCCCGACCUGCAGGAGGCCUGCCUGCGCUUCAUGGUCGUCCACUUCCACGAGGUGCUGUGCAAGCCCCAGUUCCACCUCCUGGGGGCUCCUCCUCAGGCCCCCGGGGAUGUCAGCCUGAAGCAGAGGCUGAGAGAGGCCCGGAUGACCGGGACUCCUGUCCUCGUAGCCCUGGGGGAUUUCUUGGGGGGACCCCUGGCCCCUCACCCCUACCAAGGGGAGCCCCCGUCCAUGCUCAGGUAUGAGGAGAUGACUGAGCGUUGGUUCCCGCUGGCCAACAACCUUCCGCCCGACCUGGUGAACGUCAGGGGUUAUGGGUCCGCCAUCCUGGACAACUACCUCUUCAUAGUGGGCGGGUAUAGGAUCACUAGCCAGGAGAUCUCGGCUGCGCACUCCUACAACCCCAGCACCAACGAGUGGCUCCAGGUGGCCUCCAUGAACCAGAAGAGGCUCUAAUCCUGAUUACAGUGACACACUGGGCAGUGACCUGUAAUGCUGUCUUGGGAAGAUUUUGUUGUUGUUAUUGACUUUGAAGCUUUACACACUGGGGCCCCCCAUUAGAAUUGUACAUUGGAUUGUCUUUCUUAUUUUGUAUCCUCUCUUUUGCAUCUCCUUUCCUUCCCAGGCAGUUUCGUCAUUGAUCCAAAAUUUGAGCCUGGCAGUGGUCACCUACAGAAUUAGAACGUUUCAGUCCACCCAACCUUCUCCCUUCCCAUCCUCAAAUCCCUCCCAACAUCCCCUUGGGUGACUUGAAGGCAGGAGAAGGAGGGGAGGGAGAGUAGGGAAUGGAGCUAGGAAACGAAUAGGAAGAGAAAAAAAAAAAGGAGCAGAGCAAAUACAGGGAAAGGUGGUAGGAAAGAAAGAUGGUAGGACUCAAGAUGGCCCAGAGCCAUUCACACACAAGUGGGGAGAAGAAUCAGUGUGACCCAGGAAAGGACAGGCAUACCCUUCCUUCU